AUGAUUUUAGUAUUAAUUGGCAUGUUUUUUUUUGGCAACUACUACAUUAUUGAUGAUGAGCCCGAAGAACAAAUAGAAAAUGUAGCUUAUCAAUGCGUGAACACAGGUACGGAGAUCGACUCAAUUACCAACAAAAAAAUAUUGAAAGCUUUAUCAAUUGAUGACGCGCCUAUCAAAGAAUUUCCAGACCUGGAUGAUAUUUCUAUUCCUUCUCUGUGGAGACAUGUAACAGCCGAGCAUGCAUUUUCUUUGAAAAGAGAUACCGAGAGGACACUUUUUCUUCUUCAUGAGAUAAGGAGCCCACUUGAUAAAGCAAGAUACUCUGACAUCUUGCCUUCUUUACAUUGUCAAUCAGUGACUGUCCAGAGUUUUGAAGGUUGGGUUGAGAAUGCUGAGACGUCUUGGAAUAUGUGUAAUGAUAAAGAGUUAGAAUUGAAGUAA